CUUCUACAAUGGUUUUAGUUCUGAGUCCCUUAAUGAUCGCAGCCAAUACAUCUAUUUUUUGUCGUUUCCUGUAACAUUAAGAUUUGAACAUACUAAUUCAAACAAAUCAGUAACAUAGACGAAUUAAGUCCGGUAGUGGAUAAUUAGUUUGAUGAUAAGGUCUCUUUUAAAGAUGUUUAAUCUUGAUAGAGGACAAGAGGAGCAAGAUUCUUGCAUGGUUGAUUAUUAAAGCAGUGUGUUCUUUGAUUCUAAAUUUCUUUCCUUUAUAUGAAAUUGUAGAUAAAUGGAUCAAAUCGUUAACGUGGAUGAGUUUCAAGAGCUGGCCAAACAGGCCCUCCCUAAGAUGUACUAUGAUUUCUACAAUGGAGGAGCAGAGGAUCAACACACUCUCAAUGAAAAUGUCCAAGCUUUCCGUAGAAUCAUGUUUAGGCCUAGGGUUCUUGUUGAUGUGAGCAACAUAGAUAUGUCUACAAGUAUGUUGGGUUACCCAAUCUCAGCUCCCAUCAUGAUUGCUCCAACAGCAAUGCAUAAGUUGGCUCAUCCUAAAGGAGAAAUCGCCACAGCGAAAGCUGCAGCUGCGUGUAACACUAUCAUGGUACUACGGUGUUUGUUGGAAUGCAUUUUUACAUUGUUUGGAUUUUAAGGUGAUGAUUAUGGUGUUUGGUUGUGUGAUUUCAGAUAGUAUCAUUCAUGUCUACUUGCACUAUUGAGGAGGUUGCUUCCAGUUGUAACGCUGUUCGGUUUCUUCAAAUAUAUGUGUACAAGAGACGUGAUGUAACAGCUCAGAUUGUGAAAAGAGCUGAAAAAGCUGGAUUCAAGGCUAUAGUUCUAACUGUUGAUGUUCCCAGACUUGGUAGAAGGGAAGCAGAUAUAAAGAACAAAAUGAUAUCCCCACAGCUGAAGAAUUUUGAAGGCUUAGUUUCAACCGAAGUCCGACCUAAUGAAGGUUCAGGGGUUGAAGCCUUUGCCUCUAGUGCAUUUGAUGCUUCGUUAAGCUGGAAGGAUAUCGAAUGGUUAAGAUCUAUUACAAAGUUGCCAAUUCUGGUCAAAGGGUUACUCACACGUGAAGACGCUCUUAAGGCUGUUGAAGCCGGUGUAGAUGGAAUAGUGGUAUCCAACCACGGGGCUCGCCAGCUCGACUAUUCCCCGGCUACGAUAACUGUUUUAGAAGAGGUUGUUCAUGCUGUGAAAGGUAGGAUUCCGGUUUUGCUUGAUGGAGGAGUAAGACGAGGAACAGAUGUUUUCAAAGCGCUGGCGCUCGGAGCACAAGCUGUUCUUAUAGGGAGGCCUAUAGUCUAUGGGCUUGCAGCUAAGGGUGAAGAUGGAGUGAAAAAAGUGAUUGAUAUGCUGAAAAAUGAGUUUGAGAUUACUAUGGCCCUUUCUGGCUGUCCAACCAUUGAUGACGUAACCAGAAACCAUGUUAGGACAGAGAAUGAGAGAAUUAAAUCUAUGCUCUGA